UACCAUCAGCAGUACCAUCUUCUACAUUUAGUUGCUUCGAUCAUAAAAGACGAUCCAAAAAAUUAGUUUAUUGUUCAUUAAUUGAAGAAUUAGAUAAAUCACAAAAUACCAAUCAAACCGUCAAUAGUGAUAAUAUGUUUGUAAUUGAUCUUGAUUGUCAAAGUACAAAAGUAGGUUUUUGUGAAAAAGUUAAAAGAAACUUGAAUAUUACAGGACAAACUAUUACCAAAGCCAUAAAUAUCAAAGUACCCAUUGUAGUAAAAAUCACUCUUAAACCAUUAGGCGAAGUAACAAUAGGUCAAGCAGAGCCAUCUGGAUUGAUUGGAUUGAAAAGCAGAGAUGGAAUAGUUAGAUUAUAUCCACAAGCAUUGGUAAAACAAUUCCAACUUAAAAAACAUCCGGAAUUUUCACCUGCUGACAUAAUAGCAGAAUUUAACUCUGAUUUUGAUUUUUGGUUUGAAGGUGAUGCAACACCAAUUAAGUCAACUCAUAUAUUUGACAAACUUAUAACAUUGUUACCAAGCGGUAUGCCAUUAACCAAUUUCACAAACGAAUUAAACAAAUUUGCACCAAAAGGCACAAAAUUUGAUUCGGAAGAUGAUUUUUAUGCCAAGUUUCAAAACUCCGCUCAAUAUAAAAUUGCAACUGAUAUGUUAAAGCAUGCCACAACACCCUUAUCAUUUGGUUUGUUAAAAAAAGGCUUGGAUUUUCAAGAUAUUGUAGUAAACAACACUGCCAAUGAUCAAUUGUUUUAUUUGGAAACUAGUAUAAACCCUUAUCAGCCGGGAUCAAGUAUUAGUCAUGUGAGUCAAGCGUUGUAUUCGAAAAGCAUCGAAUUUCUAAUGAAUUUUCAAGAAACUCCAGGUAAAACGUUAAAGGACGCAAUUAAAGAUGGUGGAAAUUAUGUCGGAGGUGCAAUUGGACCUAAACUU